AUGGGCGGGUUCAAGGUUGGCAAGCAAGGUGCCAUCGUGCUGCUUUGUUGUAUCAAUCUUCUUAACUAUAUUGAUCGUGGAAUUAUUCCUGGAGCCCCUGAAAAGUUUGAACGGUUUAUCACGGACACAUUGGGCGUAAGUGUGCUGCGUCAGUCUGUGUAUUUUGGACUCCUGACAUCGGCCUUUAUCGCUAGUUACUCGGUAUUUUCCAUCGUGUUUGGCUAUUGUGCACUAACGCACAGACCUUUUCGCAUUAUUGCCUUUGGCAUGACUGUCUGGAUCGUAGCUGUGAUCAUUUGCGGUGCCGCGGAGAUGGCCGAAAGCUACUAUGUGCUGAUCGUCGGGCGUUUAUUGAGCGGUGUUGGUGAAGCCUCAUUUCAAUGCACAGCGACACCGUUUAUCAAUCGCUAUGCACCUCCGACGAGGCGCUCGCUGUAUUUAGGAAUUUACUUGGCAUCCAUCACGGUGGGCACCGCGGUCGGCUACAUUUAUGGAUCGAUCUUUGCCAGCUCUUUUCUUGGCUGGGCUGGUGCCUAUUAUCUGGAAGGUGUUUUGAUGGUCGCGUUUGUAGUCAGCUGCCUCGUAAUAAUACCAGAUGAGUUGAACCAGGCUCCAGUCAAGAUUGAGGGGCUGGAGAGCAAGCAGAGUGAGCUGCUGGUGAUGCCUAGCACUCCAGGUGGCAACGAAAAAACUAGUGUGACCGCUUACCUGGAAGAUAAAGAACGUAACAAGCCCAUCGUGAAGCCUUCGUUUUUUGGGGAGUGGUGGAGUAUCUGCAGCUGCGUUCCAUUCUUGCUCAUUAUCCUUGGACAUGCAGCUUACACGUUUUCGCUAGCAGCUAUGAGUACCUUCAGCCCGGCCAUCUUUAUUGGCCUUGGGCUGUUUGAAAGCGAGACAACUGUAUCACUUAUAUUUGGUGGACUUGUGGCUAUUACCGGUACCAUUGGUACACCAGUGGGAGGAGUUUUGGUGGAUUAUCUUGCAAAGAAGAAACCUUACGAGAUUGGUCGUCGCUGCAUGAUCUCCGUGAAAGCCUUGUUCUAUCUCAUGCUGGCAUCGGUUGUGUUUGGACUAGUGAUGGUGGCCUUUGCUAGUUUCAGGAUACCGUGUUUGAUUUUCCUCACUUUGUGCCUCUUUUGCAUGUGUGCAUUAUCCGUUCCUGAAACAAUUGCCGUACUAGAGCUGUUCCCCAAGUCUCGGCAAUCUAUGGCCAUUGCAGCGAACACGCUUUUUAUUCACGCACUAGGAGAUGUACCGUCCCCUAUUAUCUUGGGCCUUAUUAAGGACGAGUGGGCUCCUCUCUGCGGCACUGUGGAAAUUGACGGCGAAGCAAGGCUUAAUCCUCGCUGUUCAGAAAAUUACACUGGGCUUCGUAACGUGCUCCUUUUCGCCGUAGCUUGGUUGUCGUGGGGUGUAGUGCUCUGGGGUGCUUCUGUUUUGGUGAUGAAGCGGAGAUUGCGGGAAGAAAAGCGGCGUGCGGCUCAUAUUGGUAUAAUUGUCGAUUCGUCAUAA